CACAGACACUCAGACCGACAGACAGACGGACGGAGUGAGGAACUCGGAAACCCUGAAGACGGAGAGACGUGAUCAAUCGAGAGGGAGUAAGUCGUUGUUGUCGGGGUCUCGGUAGACUUGACGGACGGUAGUGGCCACUCCUCCUCCUGGUUCCCCCGGAUCCGGUAACCUCAGUUAGACGCGUCUGGAUUGCCUUACCGGCGGCCCCACGGUUCAUGAAGUGACCGCAUUGGUGAUUGUGUGGCGUGUACGGGCAUUAGGUCAUUUGGGUGGGUGAUGCGCGGCGUGGUGUGGGGGGAAAGGCGGGCGUGUAACGCCGGCUAAGCCACCGCUGGUGGUGGGCGUGUACCAUGUAUGGGCGGAAAGGUCCUCCGGCGUUUUAUCCCCCGCCCCGGAUCGCCUGUUUUGUGUGCGGGGCGCAAGUGCCGGCGGAUUACCCGCUUUUCGCCCUUCCGCCUCAUCCGGGCAAGCCUCACGGGUUGCCGCAUUUCCCUUUUUUGAUCCACCACCACCCGCCAUUGGCCGGACCGCCCCUGGAAGAGGGCGGGGAAGCCAAAUCGUGUCGCCCGUGUUAUACCGUGCUCAUGUCGCAAUGGGACGAUUAUGAGAAGAACCGCAUCCCAUUGAUCAAGCGCGUGUACUCGGUCAAACGCAUGGAUGGUCUGCCCUUUCCCAAUAAGGACCUUCAGCUGGAGGCGGCCCAUCAAGUCCAAAGCCGCGUUUUAGCUUCCACGACCUCAUCCAUGAUGAUGAAUCCCGGCGCCGUCUCGACCGGCCUGACCUCGAGCGGCUCGGCUGCGCACGGCGGCUACGAAAGCUCGGAUCGCGCCCCACCCGUCAGCAGUCCCUUGGCCCAUCACAGCUGGCCCCCCAGUGGUGCGCCACGUCGGGGGUUGGCGCCGCCACAUCGGGGCGGCGUGACGCCCUCCGCGCCCUUGACCCUAGAUGAGUCGUCGGUGGGCGCCCACGCCUUGGGCGGGAACGGCUCGCGCGGUCACGAUCCCGGCCAAGACAAUGAUUCGGCUUUGGAUUUGUCGUCCGGCUCGCGCGAGCGGGAAACCAUGAAAUCGCGCUCGUCGGUGGCGUCGCAUCUGAGUGCCGUGUCUCAUCCCAGUAGUAGUUAUCAAUCCGAAGGGGCCGGGUCAUCGACUGACAUUUUGGAUCUGACCUUACCCGACAAAAACGCCUCGUUUGAAGUGUGCUAUGUGUGCGGGGACGAGUUCAAGAAGGGCGUGCUGUCACACUCAUUUGCCAAACAAAUGGACAAGGAGCCGUUCUACUCCAGUCUGUUGUCGCAUCCGCGACCGCCGCGCUCGCGCCCUAUGGAUGCCUCAGGCCGCGUGCAAACCUGUGACGAGUGCCACCAGCAUUUGCUCGAUCAAUGGAAACAGUUCGAGGCCGAAGACAAGCCGCAUUCGGAUCGGAAUUAUUCGUUACGCAAGCGGCUCACCCCCACGAGUGACAAUGCCACGUUUGUGUGCUACAUGUGUGCCUUGGAGUACCAGUCGCUCUCGUUACGUUUGGUCUACGUGAAGCCCAACGCCGAGAACGAGCCCUACUACCCGUUCAUCUAUACGCAGAAACCCCCUCCGGGCGCCAGCCCCAUUUCGCCGCAAGGCAUGGUGCAGGUCUGUACGCUGUGUUACAAGUCCGUGAAGGAGACCAAGGACAAGCUCGGCCUAAGUGGCGGGAGUAGCCAUAUAGUCAGCAAGCCCUCGUUACUCCCGCCCAAGAAGAAGUUGCGUUACGACCCGGACUCCUAUGACGACGUGAACCAUUGUCUCCCCGCAGAUAUCACGUGUCCGCUCUGCCGGAGGAAGUUCUCGGUCGGGUCAUUCAAGUACCUUCACACCCGUCCACCUCCUGCGGGAGGUCUACCCUACUUCCCCUUCCUGGUGACGUUGCCCAAGCUGGAAGAUUUCAACGAGUUUGAUGAUGACAAGCAAGGCCGGACACGGGCUUGUCAACUCUGUACCACGUCUUUGAUCAACCAGUGGUCACAGUACCAGAAGGAGAGUCGGCCCAUUUCCGAGCGAACCUACACUUACCCUAGUCUUCUAGUGCGUCCACGCAGUGUCAGCAGUGUGCGUGCACAAUCGCCGGCGUCUCAGAGAAGUUCGGGAGCCGUCACUCCGAGCAAGUCAGCGCCAGCCUCGGAAGUGGGUCAGGCCACUCAGGCCUAUCCUCGUCCUCGGUCCAACACUCAAGAGUCCAGGUCUCAUAGCCCCAAAGAUGGGCCUGGGAACAACCUGUCCCAUCCCAUGCCCACUUCAGGGGCUCUGGUGUCCAACCUCAAGGCCGCUGUAACUAGCGCACCCACGUGCCAUUCACCCGGAUUCUCAUCGGUUCAUUCGGGGCACUCCACCAAUGCCAAUCCCAGUGAGGCGGCCUCCACCACCACCGCCUUAUCGGCCCAAGUGUCCACGGCCACAGGACCGAUCGCCGCCAAAUUGUCCAACGACAAAUCCUCGUCCUCGGCCUCCUCGUUUUAUUGCUUCUUGUGUGGCCUUCAUUCGGAACUGAGUUUUGCCCGUAUGCUGUACUCGUCCGUCCCGGGGAAGAAAGCCCCCUAUUUUCCGUUCCUGAAGAGCCACGUUCCCAAGGAUCGUGCUGAGACCCUCCGGGAAGAUGGAACCGCCCUAGUUUGCACAUUCUGCUAUCAUUCCCUCAUGGUCCAGUGGAACCAGUUUGUCAAUUCAAAGCCCCUAAUUGAGCCGCACGAGAGGAAAUAUAACAUUUCCGAGUACACGUGCUACGUCUGUGGUAUUACAACAUAUCGAAAGCGAAUAAGGGCUCUCCGAGUCUUGGACUUUCCGUUCCUCAACCAGCACAAGAUCAGAAAAGGCGUGAUUACCCUGGAAAGUGAUGAAAUGGUGGCAGUAUGCCUUGAUUGCUUCGAAAGCCUAUUGGGCCAAUUCAGAGAUGGUGAGCGGUACGGGAUCCCCGUGGAAAAGCGCCAAUACAAUUGGAUGCAAAUCCCUCCUCCGCCCGAGGAAUCGUCCAGCCAUAUCACCACACCGCAGGAGAGGUUGAGCAAACAGGAAUUCAAAUCCAUGUCUUCAGGAACCAACGCAAUCAAGACUAGUGCAGGAGGCGUGCCUCACACCAGCGGUGGGAGUGGUCGACCAGCUCUGACGUCCUCCUCAAUCGCUGCAGCCACGAACUCGAUGACAGCCGCAGUAGUUGGACCAAAAACGUCCAAAUGAAGUCCAAUGCAACCUGCUUUAGAACUUGACGACGACGACGACGACAAUGAAGGUGGUCACUCACUGACUUCUAUUGACGGGGGUGUUUUCAAAAAGCAACCCGACCCAUAAACACACAUUUUUUAUAAUGAUAGAUUCAAUAUCGAGCCGCCGUGCGUGGGUUGGCUUGAUUUAGCUUAAUUAGUUGGAUAGGUUAUUGUUGGGAUCGAUAAUGACCCGUUUUCCAGCUCCGUAAUAUCAAUUGAAUGUAGUGACAAUGCAAGUGUAUUCAUAUCCCAACACAUACUUGUGGCUCCCUCCCUGCUUCCCGUCAUUGCAAGUACUUUAUUAGGCAUUAUAUGCACGUACCACGACCCUUCUUCCAGAUUUUGAAGGCAGGGAGAGAUCGCUGUGGUUGUUGUUUUCUUUCAACGAAAAUUCAUUCUCGAAUCAAGAUUCUCCGCCGCCAAUUGUUCCCUUGGGGAGCACACUGAAGAGCAUAUUUUCUCGUUUUUCUCUCAUAUUACACACACACACACACACUCUUCUUCGCCCGUCUACAACAACUAUCUCUUUGCUAGUGUAAUUCUGCAAAUCUCGAACUCGUUUAAACUAUUGUCAACUCUUUUAGCUGAAAUGUUACUUUCUUUGAGUUCCUACCACUCUUGAUCAGCACCAUUACUAUUUUGUAUCAUUAAUAUUAAUCUUAUUAUUUUAAAUAUUGCCUUCUGUGGUCUGACUGAUAUAUUGCUAUUCGGCGAUGGCGACUCCGCUGAAUAUCGUCAUUUUUCUACUGUAACUCAAUAAAUGUACAACUGCAAA